GCGACCUCGAUACAGUCACGUGACUAAGCAGCCAUAAUGCUUUUAAAGAAGAAGAUCGUUGAUGUUCUAAGUUAAACAGGAUUAAGAAUUUUUUUAAAAAUUAAAGCGAUUUAAAGAUUGAUAGGUCUUACUACAAACAAGAUUGACACAAUACAACAUGGUUAUUUAUUAUAAAGCUUACUAAAGUUGAGGAUGAAUCAUCACUAUCCUGAUAACUAUGGAUAUGGCAGAACAGCUCCUGGCAUUCCAGGAAUGGGUUAUGGAGGUGGGGGAUACACUGAUCCCUCUGCUAUGGCAAGAAUGGGCCAGCCAAGAGAAGGCUACCCUCACUAUCCAGUGAUGCCACAGCAGUCUGGGAUGUAUGGACAAGGUGGAUUUAAUAGCCAUCAAAAUACUCCGCCUUAUAAUAUGAGUGCAUAUGGAAACUACAAUAUCCAGGGUGUUGGUCAACCCUCCUCAAUGAUGAUUGGAAAUAGAGUGGGUGAUAUGAGCAGAAUGAGUGGAGGCAACAUGAUGAACACAUAUUACAAUAGUGUUAUGUCUGGUGAACCUCAUGCUUCACCCCAGCAUACCUCAAUGGGCAACCAGCCUCCAAGCUAUGCCCACAGUCAACCAACUACUCACAUGCAACAACAACAUUUAAAUAUGAUAUCUGGGCAGAAUACCUCGGGAAUGUCAAGUCAAUCAGCACUAGGUUCAAAUCAAAAUCCUGUUGAGUCCCCCAUGCCCAAUCCAGCAAUUCAUGUAGCAAGUGGUCAAGCAGUCCAUAGUCCCAGUCACAGUAUGUCACAACUUAGCACUGUUCAAUCCAGUGGGACCUAUGGGAGUCAGUCUGCUUCUCACAUGUUACCUCGGAGCCAUCAUGUACCCCAACACCCCAUGAGACAUACAACAGCUCAGCAAAACCCUCAGGAAGUCGCUGACAAUAUUCUUCAGAUGGCAUCAGCAUACCCAUCUAACCAAACGGUUCAAGUUCCAUUAAAGAGUCGCCCUGCACCUUACCAUGUGCCAAGAUCUCCACAUUACAGUGUAACUCAUGCAGAGCUGUCUCACAGUUCCCCUAAUCCUCAUCAACAACAGCAAAGUCCACUUACAUGUCAGACCAGCCCCAGCCCCUCAUCUUCUAGUGUCAAAUCACCAACACCUGUUCUGGCACCAAUCCCAAACCCUAUUCCCUCUCCAGGAAUUAGUGGCUUGAGAUCUCCUUGCAACCAGGGCAUGUCACCAUGUCAGCGCUCACCCAGCCAUGUGGGAUCCACUUACACAGGUCAUGGCCAAAACGCCCCACCAAGCCAGUGUGGCGAGCCAUCACCAUACCACCAUGGCAUGUCACCAUCAGAUGUUCAACAUUAUUCACCUUGUGCAAUGACACCAACACAUACUUAUCCUCCUUAUAAUGCAUCGCCGGGUCAUAGGAAUACAUCUAUGUACUCACCAUCCAAUGAUCAUAAUAUGUCCAGCUCAGAUCAAGUGCGGCAAAAUAAUUACAACUGCUCAAACUCUUGCAGUACUUGCACCAGUACAACUCCUUCGUACACUCAUUCACCCAAACCAAGUAGUGGCCAGUGUAGUUCAUACCCAGGAGCCUCCACCACACAUAUGGGAAACAAUCCAUUGAUGUCACUGCAGAAGCUAGUCAUGUUGCCUGAAACACAGGUGAUUGACCCCAAAAGUGUCGUCAGUGAUGCUUGUCUUUCUUCACAAGAUGAGGGUCCAAAAAACGGUGAUGGCCCAGCAGAACGGUUUGUUGAGGGCUCAAGCCAUUCUGUCGGGUGUCCAGGUCAAUCUAGCUCUCAUCAAAGCAUUUCAGGCAACAGUUGUGUGUUGGCUUCAGCUGCUGAUGACACAAACAGCAGAGAACACACGGCUGAUUUGCCUGAUGGCAAUGAGCCUCCUGUAGGCUCUGCUCGGUCAAGUCAGGAGAAGCAUGUCACCAGUGGUCAGCCCCAGUUAGUUGACUCACACAGUCCUGCCCAGGUCCAGUUAGCUGACUCACACGGUUAUGCUCAUGUCCAAUUAGCUGACUCACUAAGUCCUGCUGAGAUCAAAGAAGAAUUCAAAGAACAUAAGGAAACAGAGACUUCAGGCAGCAGGAAGUCUCCUCUCAUGCCAGAUUCCAAUGAAAAGAUGAAACAGCCUUCUAAUAGUCAGUCCAGUGCCAUUUUAGUAAGUGAAGACUUGAGAGAGACCACAGACAAGCCCUUCCAUUCAGCUGAGAAAAAAAAUGGUAAGCUUAAAGAGGAAAGAACAAUCGCCCCAUCUCCAGGUGUCCUAGCUGAAGUCCCAGUGGUUCUCAAUGGCUUAGAAGAUACAAGCCAGGAGUUGGUAGAUGGGGUCAAGCACCACAAUGGCUUUAGUACACUAGUCAAAGCCAAAAUUGCUUGCACCAAAAGAGCUGCACAGCUUGUCGGAGUUACUCCAUGUACCAUUGCUGUUGGUGCAGAUGAGAGGGCCAUGUGUGAAAGAUUUGCAUUUAGAAGAAAUGGAAUUUGUAGAACCUUGAGAACCACAAGGGUUAUUUGCAAUGGAAGAAACCGUAGCGAUAGCACAGGAAAUGCUGACUCGGAUGAAAGUUUAGAAAAUGUUUCUGAAAGUAAUUUUGGUGUGACUGGAAGUCCUCAGGACGGCAACAAAAAAAGACAGGCUUCAAACAAAAGGAGUGAGUGUAAAAAAUCUAAUUCAAAUGAAUCAAAUGACAGCAAUCCUAGGCCUGCCCAGCCAGCUGGUGGUGGCAGCAAUGGCUGUAUGUCCUACACUACACAUGAGAUGAGUGAUGAUGAUGUGUGUUAUUACGAAGGUGUGGACAGCUCUGACAUGUUCAUGAAUAACUGCAGCAGUGAUGAAUCUGUAGCUUCAUGCCAGGAGGUACAGGAAGGUGUUUCAUCCAGUGCUAAUAACACAGUCAAUACUGAGAAGCUUACAGCACAUGGUAAAGAAGAAAAAAGUGGGGCCAAGAAUCCUGAAGCAGAUAAGCAAGCUCCAGAUCUCAGUCCUCCGCCUGCAUCAAAAAGGCUUUGCAGGUCGUCAGGACAAAAAGCCCAAGAAAAGUUGAAAGCUCUCUCUGCCAGCAGGCGAACUAACAGUGGUCUGCUCAAUGAAAAAGAUGAUGUUUAUGUGACGUUUGCAACUGAAGGUACGCAGACUUUGUCUAAACCUUCAAAGGUAAAAAAAGAAUUUGAUAUUGAUGUCAAAGAAAAACCCCUGGAUAGGAUGAAGUUUUUAAAUCACAAAUCAGCUCUCAAAUAUCCAGUAGUUGUCUUGGAAAAGUCCAAUGUUAUAAGCAGUCCAGUUCCAGUGAAAGUUGAAAAAACUGAAGUGAUAGAUUUGACAGAGGAAUCACCAGAGAGACCUCUUCUAGAUGAGAAAAAUGGUUUGGGGAAACUUGAAAAAAUGGCUACAAGGGAGGAUGCUGGAACUGAUGAAGCUGUAUGUAAAACUGAAGCAACCAGCUCCAAACUUUCUCUUGUUUUACCUAAAAGGAAGCCCAAAAAAAGGUCUCUUAGGAUGAAAAAGAGGGGGAAAAAAGAGGUUGCAAAGGUUAAAAAAACUGAUGAAGUGACAGAUUCUUUCAAGUCAAUGAAGUUUAGUCGAACCCUGGACCUAAUGAAGUCAAAGCGCAAACGGGACUCGUCUACCCAAGGUCCAUUUAUUCGAGUGACAGGAAAACAGAGUGCACCAGACACAGUGGCUAUCUUUACUCAGCCCAUCUCUGAGCUAGCACUGGGAGCAAGCAGUGCUGGCAAGAGGAAGUCCAUUGCUGGGGCUCAAGCUGUUCACAUGGUGACCAACCUGCCCAUGGACAAAAGAGCCAUGGUACCUUCAAGUCGUACCAUCAGUCAAGACCCCUGGGUUUGUGCCUUCUGUGGCCAUCACAGCAGCUACAGAUUUUUAGGAGAUCUGUUUGGGCCAUAUUUUAAAGAAGCUGACCUGAGCAGAGUGGAAAGUAUUGCUCAAGAAGAAAAGGGCGAUGUUUCCAAAGAUUCCAGUUUAUCUGGUACCAAGUCAUCAACAGAAAAAAAAAACAAAAGAAAAUCAGCAUUAGUAGCCAGGAAAGAUGAGUUUCCGCCACCGGAGGAAGUCUGGGUCCAUGAAGCUUGUGCCAUGUGGUCACCUGGAGUUUGCUUGAUUGGCAGCAAGAUGUAUGGGCUGGAUGAGGCUGUCAAAGAUGCCAGAGAUACUGUGUGUUCUGUGUGCCGAUCAAAUGGUGCUAUGAUAGGAUGUCUUCACAAGGGGUGUGCCAUGAAAUACCACUUUAUUUGUGCUGUUGAUAAAGACUGUGUUUUAGAUGAGGAAAACCUUUCUCUUCUCUGUCCCAAACACAAGGAUAAAAGAUUGAGCAACAUUUGCACGACAAGGUCUUGACAGUGAAUGAUCUCCAGACACAUUGCCUUGUACAUGUCAUCUGCACCACAGCAGUGUGAGAACAUUAAAUCAUCUCAAUAGUGGGUACCCUCAGCAUUGUGAGAACAUUACAUCAUCUCAAUAGUGGGUACCCUCAGCAUUGUAAGAACAUUACAUCAUCUCAAUAGUGGGUACCCUCAGCAUUGUGAAAACAUCACAAAAUCUCUAAAUAAAAAAUAGUGGGUACCCUCAUUCUUGAAUCUCCCAUUUUCCAUCUGUAAAUAGGAAGGAAAUAUUAUUUCAAUAUUUGGUAAAAAAUUAUACAGUUUUCUAUAGUUUGGAGUUGAUAAUUAUAUUCAUACAUGUGUUAAAUAUAACUUAUUAUUGCUAUAAAAUGUUUAUAUUGUUUAUGCAUUCUAUAGGAAGGGUUACUUAAGAUGAAGUGGACAAACACUCUCCUGAUUUUGGGGGUAAAUUUGGUUGUAAUUGUGUUACCCUACUAGUGUCCCUGUAUUUGCUAUAUUUAUAGUAGUAGUUCUAUGUAAGAACUAUUUGUAAGAGAUGUAUUUUUGGGUAUUAAUGUUUUAAGAUAAUUCUAAAGUCUCUUAAAGUAGAUGAUUAGAUAUUAUGCUGAUAUGUAUUCUUUUUUUAUUUACACAUUGAAAUCAUGUACAGAUGCUUGUCUACACUUUGCUUUCAGUCCUAGAAGAAUGUAAUUUUUAUACCAAGUUAAUUUAGUCACCUAUAGUGCAUGGCUAUAACAAGAACUUUACAAUUGUCAACAUUUAUAUGGGCAUUUUUAGUUGAGUUUUUUCUUUUAGGUUUCUUUUAGUUUUUCUAUGGAACUUGCACACCUGGUGGGCUGGUCAUGAUUGGACACGUGGUGU